CCCCUCUCGUGCCAUGAUUUCAAAGGAUCGCCACCUUCGUCGGGGUUUUAGGGUUUAUCAUUUGCCCUAAAUUCCACCGGUUACUAGACUGUAGCCAAUGGUGUGGGAUGCAUGAUGGUGAUUUUGAAAAGAAGUAGACUGUCCUUAGCAUCAAGCCACCUUCGGAGGCUGAUUACCACAAAUCCGCGUCGUAUUGUAGACGAAGGCGAUUGGUUUUAUGCAUCGGAAUGGUGGGGCAACGGCGAUUCCGACGAAAACACUGUCUUCCGCUCUGUUUCCGACAAGGGAAACGGUGUCGUUUCUGUCGUAGCUUCUCAUUCUUCCAGACCAUAUGAAAGAAACUGGCACAAAACUGAAACUUGGCUUUCACAAAGGUAUGCAGAGUUGCAUCCAAGAGAUGAACAGAAAGCAUCUUUCAAAAUUCUUGGGUAUCAAUGGCGUACCCUUCGGUUUAAUGAUGAUACUCGACAAAGCACAGUUAAAGUAAUGGCUGCUUAUAAUCAACAAGAUCCUGGAUCUAUCUUCUUAAGGCAGGAGCCACAUUGUUUAGCUGUUCCAUAUCUAAAGAGUAUGGUAUCUGCUGGAUUGGCUUCUCUCUCAUGUAAUUAUGAUUUGGAAAGUGUUGUAAAUGGAAAGAAUAAUAUGAAGAUUUUAUGCAUUGGUCAUGGUGGUGGAAGCUUACCAUUAUUCUUGGCUUACAAAAUUCCAGGAGCCACAAUCCACAUAGUAGAAAUCGACCCCGUAGUCAUAUCCGCAUCAACCCAAGCAAUGGGCUUUCCAUCCUACUCCACCAUGACCCAAUCCGGGGCCCGCACACACUCAAAACCAUCUCUUACAGACGAAAUACUCUGGAAAGGAAUUCACGAGCGGCUACUCCUAUUCCAUUCCGACGCCGAACACUUCAUCACAAACACAGCCAACAUUUACGACAUGAUCUUCAUAGACGCCUACGACGGCGACGACAUAUUCCCACAUAAAUUGUGGGACCCGGAUUCCGUAUUUCUCAAAACCCUAGGGGAACGGCUUCACCCUAAGCAUGGGACUUGCGUGGUGAAUCUUCAUUCCGAUGUUGAUAUGGUGGAGGUAUCGGAAUCGGAAUCGGUGAUUCCGAUGGGUAAGUAUGUGUCUCAAGUGUGUAAGGCGUAUAAGAAGAUGGUGGUAGAUGGUGAUGGUGUUGGUGUGGCGUUUACGGUUCAUGUUCCGUGGGUUUGUAAUGCGUCUCUUGUGGUUAGUAAGAGUUUUAAGGAUUGUACGCGUGAUGUGGUUUUGAAUAGUCUUGUGUCGAAAUCUUUGGUUGUUGAGAAUGUUCUUGAUUUGCCGUUUUCUUGUUUACAAUAUGUGAAGAGAGGUUUAAUAUUCGUUGAAUAAUUCAUUUUACUGAUUAUGUUACAA